GCCGAGCUUCAAGCAGUCAUUUUUUCUUCUUCCACGACUACAUACAACGGCAUAAUCUGAGGCUGCAUAUCACUUAUCUUCAAGGAAUCGCAUCACUUCCUGCUGUUAUUAUCUCUAAAUCCGCAUCUAUCCCUUAAACCCUUCUAUCCCGACCUGGGGGGUUACAUAUACCACAGCAGCCAUGCUUCUCUUCUGCCCACACUGCGCAAACAUCCUGACCGUCUCCCUGACGCUCAACCGCACAAACCGACUCGAGUGCCGCACAUGCCCGUACGAGCACGCCAUCACCGACCCGGUCUUCUCCCGCCGCGUCUUUGAGCGCAAGGAGAGGGAGGACGUCUUUGGCGGCCCGGGAGCCUGGGACAAUGCGCAAAAGUCAAAGGCGCAGUGCCCCAACGAGGGAUGCACCGGCGAGGAGGCGGCCUUUUUCCAGGUGCAGAUUCGAAGUGCCGAUGAGCCCAUGACGAGUUUCUUCAAGUGCAUGACGUGCGGUCACCGAUGGCGCGAGAACUGA